UCUGUGAAUGUGGCCAGUGACAGUCUGACAGCAGCUCAGUGCAGCAGCAACAGCAGCUCUCUGUGCACUUCUUUGAGGAUGGUGGAAAGAGCGGAGACGAGGAGCUCGGUGCUGCCCCUGCUGGUCACUCUGAGUCUGCUGCAGCUUCCUGACUACACCGCAGCUGCCACACAGGACUGGCAGGACUACAAACAUGGCCACCAAGACGCCGCUGAGCUGCAUGACAAAAAGCCCUUCUGCUCCUGGAAAUGUCUCCUGUUCACGCUGCAGUGGCCCGGAGCCUUCUGCCAGUCUUUGGAUGAAGAGACUCUCUGCAGAAUUCCUCCGAGUAUCAACAGCUGGACGAUCCACGGUCUGUGGCCUGUUCGGGCAUUCCGUUGCUGCAAAUGCUGGCCGAUGUUCCAGUCUGAUGUCCAGGAGCUGGAGGCAGAGCUGACUGAACACUGGCCGUCCUUACUGCAAACUCAACCCAGCUUCCACUUCUGGAGAGAGGAGUGGGAGAAACAUGGUGUGUGUGCAGCGUGUGUCGAAGGAAUGAACUCUCCGCUCAGAUACUUCCAGAUCUGCCUCAAACUACGAGGACACUUUGACAUCUACAAGCUGCUGGAGGGAGCUGGGAUCACUCCGACCUGUGAUCAUCCCUACAAGGUUGCCGAGGUCCGUCAGGUCCUGGCUCCACAUCUGGGAGACAAACAUGAGAUCCAGUGUGUUACAGAUGACAAGGAUCGAGAGCUGUGGUUCCAGGUGAAGAUCCCUCUCUCUCACAACUUAACCGUCGGCUGCGAUCACCACGGCCACGGCCACGCCGACUGGGACGUGGCGUCCGGGCGCGGCGCGGGAAGGAACGUCUCCGACAGGCAUCCCUGCCCCCCGCAGGGCUCCUUCUACUACGUCCCCAUUGACCCACAGCGGCCGAGGCAGCCCUGCGGCUAACGGCUGCCUUCAUCCUCUUCAAUACCUUCAGAUGUUCAGCUGUAGAUUAGUUAUUGCUGCUAUACACACGUUAAUACGUUAAACAGGGUUCCUAAAGGUUUCGCCGAGUCUAAUUUAAAGGUCCCAUGGCAUGAAAAUGUCACUUUAUGAGUUUUUUUUAACAUUAAUGUGA